CCACUUUGUAAUUUGUCUGAUGUCCCCUUCCCCUGCCCCUAAUUUUAGAAAAGCAAAAAAGUACUUUGAAGUUUUCUUAAUUUCCUUUAGCAUUGACUUGUUCUCCUUUUUUAAGAAUAUGAAAAUUGUGGUUGAUUCUAUAAACAAAUUAAAGUAGUCAAGAAGCAGAACAACACACAACAAAAAUUAUUCUGUUUUGUGUCCUUUCAUUCUACACAUAUAUGGCUUGGAUGUCUAAACAUAUUCUUACAAUAUGCUUCUUUUUGGUCAUGUGUUACCUAACAGUAAAAGUAGUGCCUAUUCAUGGAGAAACAACACCUCACUCUCAGUCUCAGGUGGAACCAAAACCCAACCGCCAGAGCUCAGGUCCAAUAAAUGGAUCGCAUAAGUUGGAAAGAGUUGGUUCAAUUGCUGAUAAUGGAUAUGAUCCUGAUUAUGGGUGGUUUUCUGUAAAGAUAAGUCUUGGCACACCACAACAAAAUUAUAGUUUAAUCAUUGACACUGGUAGCCGUUCGACUUGGGUACGUUGUCUAUUUUGUACCCAAGGUUGCACAUCAGACGAUCCUCCGUAUGAUCCUUCUAAAUCAUCCUGCCAAAAUACAUUCAAAAAUCCCUUUACCGCCUCUUAUGGUGAUAAUUCGUAUGCAAUAGGCUUUUGGGUAUGUGAUACUCUCAUUAUAGAUGGUCUUGAUUCAAUAAAGAACUUCGAAUUUGGUUGUGCCCAACGAAUCUCCGAUGGCAAUGGCGAAAAUUUUGUUAAUGCAGCUGGAUUUCUUGGACUUGGCAAAGGAGACUCCUCUUUGGUAUCUCAAGGUGGUGCAUCAAUGAAAGCGUUUAGCUAUUUUGUCCCAGAAAAUGAUGGUGGUGGAGAUCUACAAUUUGGGGAUAAAGCCACAGAAAAAUCUAACACUUGUACAAAUCAAAUUACAUCAAUGCUAAGUGGAGGCGAUCAAGAAAAAUACUAUAUUGAUUUAGUUGGAAUAAGUGUAGAUGGAAACGAACUUAGUGUUCCAUCGACAGAAUUCACAUCUGGAGGGACAAUUAUAGACAGUGGAACGGUCAUUACUCGAUUGCCACAAGUGGUAUACUCUGCACUUCGUGAUGCUUUUAGACAGUACAUGUUCAGUUAUACAUUAUUAGAUAGAGUCGAUGAGCUCAUGGACACUUGCUACAGCUUAGAGGGAAUCGAAUCAAUCGCGUUACCAGAGAUUAAAUUCCAUUUUGGGCAAGAGAAUACUAUUGAUGUGACUUUGACAAAGGAGGGAACUAUAUGGAGGAAAGAUGAUACAGUAAGUUGCUUGGCUUUUGCUGCAACACAUAGCUAUGGCAUUAUUGGUAUCGUUCAACAGCGUGGAUUCAAUGUGCUUUAUGAUUUGGAAGGGCAAACAAUUGGAUUUGGCACAAACUGUGCGUGAUUACUUGUAUAAUCGAUUUAAUAGCAAGUUUUUGUUGUUGUUGUAGUACUACUUCUUAUUGUUGUUGUAGUACUACUUCUUCCGAGGGUAAAAACUUACUCCCAUCGGAUGUUUGCAUCAAGUUAAAUAAUAAUUGUUUAAUUGGAAUACGUU